UUUCAACAUGAGCCAGCAUCUUUGUUGCAUCCUAUACUUCUAGAAAAGUAUCUUCCAGCUACAAUUGUAGAGCUGGAUUCGUAGGAGUUCCUGCGUAUCUUCUCAAACACUGCCAUUCCUGGAGAAGUGAUUCUUGGGUCCUCUUAAAGUAUUUGAGGUAUGGAGCAAUCCUACAGAUCAACAAUCACUAUCUAUAAGAGCAUCCUGGAACAGUUUAAUCCAGCUUUGGAGAAGCUGAUGUAUCUGGGAAACAAGUAUCUGCGGGCUUUUUAUGCUUUAUCUGAAGCCGCAGAUCAAUAUUUUACAGCGAUUCAAAAGAUUGGAGAACAAGCUCUUCAGAGUUCUACUUCACAAGUUCUGGGUGAAAUUUUGAUACAGAUGUCUGACACCCAGAUGCAUCUGAACCGCAACUCAGAAGUGGUUGCAGAGACCUUCCAUGUAGAUUUGUUGCAGCACAUGGAAAAAAACACCAAGCUGGAUGUACAGUUCAUUAAUGAUAGUCGCCAACGAUACGAGAAGGAAUACCGGCGCAGAGUAGCUAGCAUAGAUAAAUGCAUGAUGGAUCUGCAGAGGAUGGAGAGGAGUCAAGAUAAGAAUGCCUGGGAGAUGAAGGAGAACAUGAUGCGCUUGCACACUGAGAUGCAAGUUUUCAUCAGUGAGAGCCAACAGGCUGCUGAACUGGAGGAGAAGCGCCGCUAUCGCUUCCUGGCUGAGAAGCACCAGUUACUCUCCAAUACCUUUCUCCAGUUCUACACCAAAGCUCGGACCCUCAUCCUGAACAAGACACCACUGUGGAAAGAGGAGCUGGAGGCCUCCCACAAUCCUGUGCAGAAUGUGUUUAACACCCCACCCAGCCAGAGACACCCAUCUGGCCACCUCACUCCUACUCACUUUGAAAAACUCCAGAGGCUUCCAAGUGAUUUUGGUUCAGUUAUGGCAGGACAGAACUCCAGCCUCUUCACCCAGGAGAGACUCCAGAUGGUGCCAUCCUCUCAGCCAGAAACAAAAAGGAAAGUGAUGCCAAGAACUUCUUCAGCUGGCUCAGCCUCCCCUGGCCUUUCUCGCUCCAGCUCCUUUGGAGAGCAAGCAGCACGAAGGGCAGAUGCCGGUAGUAAAGAGGGAAACAGCAGCACUCUGCUCAGAGCGCAAGCACUUGUGCCUCACGUCGCAGGUUCAAACCAGACUCUUUUGCAAUUCAGUGCUGGAGACGUGGUCACUGUGCUGAUACCAGAAGCGCAGAAUGGUUGGCUGUAUGGCAAGUUGGAAGGUACAUCAAUGAGUGGCUGGUUUCCUGAAGCUUUUGUAAAGUCAUUUGAGGAGUCAAUCCCCAGAGGCUUCCCCCUGAGGAGCAGUCGUAGUGUGGACAAUCUUCUAGGUCAGUCUUCUGCUCCAGCACCAGAUGGUUAUUGGCAGAAAUCCAGCAGGCCUCAGUCUCCACUCCCUUCUCCAGCUUUGGUGGGAGCAGGCAACCUUCAGAACAGCACAUCUAAUGCCACGACUCCCAGCAGGGACUCCAAGGUAAAGGUUUAUACUAAUGAGCAGAAUCCAGCAAGGCGGGAUCAUCCUCCAGAACUCUUCCCCAGAGGCACCAACCCAUUUGCCACUGUCAAGCUGCGUCCAACAGUGACCAAUGACCGAUCGGCACCUAUCAUCUGAUGAAAAUAAUCUACAAAGUUGUGUGUGUGGGUGGUUGCUACUGGAACUGAAGAGGACACUCUUUCUUAUUUCUGUGUAUUAUUUCUCCCAAAGUGGGCACAGCUGAGCAGAGAACAGCUGUUGCCUCUGAUUUCCUCUGUUGGCAGAUUGCUAGGAAAGCCUUUGGCCCAGGAGAGAUCAGAAAAGUCACACACCAGGCAUUUCUAUAAAAAUAAUUUUAUUUACAGAAAGCAAAACAUAUUUAAAAGCUUCUGCAUUCUUACAGGCUCUCAGUGAGAGCUGCUAAAAACUCUCUACAUGCCUACACAGAAGGGAAACUGAAACUAAAACAAGUCCAGGCAAGUUCUUCUCCCCCCCCCCCCAGUGCAACAAUUAACAACUGAAAAGGGGACAAUUAAAUUCAACCUCUUCACCUGGCCAAAAUGAUUAGUUACCAUAGUAACCUUAAUCUGUAGUAGAAAACAUAUUAACAUCCUCCACUUGCUAUGUCACAAUGAACAUAGGCCCCAGGUUAUUUUAUCAAGUCACUAUGGCAAGCAUGGACAAUCCAUGACCCAUUGCUCAUCUUCCUUCUUUUCCUCCUGCUGCUUUUCCUCCUUCUCCUGCUCCUUCUGUCUCCAGAAAUCACACCACCAAAAUUCAGUAACAAAUUGCCAAGCAGCAAAGGAACUAUUUUCUGCCAUUGGAGGGAACAUGUGGGAGUGACAUUGUAAAUGAUGUGUCAGCUAUCUUGUCAAAUUCAGAUCUGCCCCAAUAUAGAUCACAGCCAUCUCCCCAAAUAAAAAUAAGAAGCUGGAGUUCCAGGUGCAGAAAGGUUGA